CCCAACCAAACCUCUCGCGCAACCCGUCCUAGCCCCGACACAGCUACAAGACGCCAUAAAAUCACAUUAAGCGCUCACAGACACACCGUCACUAAAGCUUCAUCCACCGCAGAUACCCCGCGUGCCUCUCCAGCCCUGCACCUAGCUCCCACAACCCCAAACCUCUUCCGUCGCCUCAUAGGUCUAUCGCCACUAGCUACAGUCGCGCUCUCCAACAAACAAACUAUCUGGCCUCUCGUGUCAGCUUCAACCGUCCAACAUGGACCCUGACGCAUACCGCUUCCGCGUCCCCAAACCCAACUACCUCCCACACGACCUCACCACCGACCAUGACCUGCCUAUUGUGCAAGAAUUCGACUCGCGCCCGCUCGGGAUCCCGUCCGAGAUGGAAAAUGCAAAGUACUACAACAAGUGCAAACGUCUCGCCGAAGAGUCCGGCAUCACCAAGCCCAAGGGCUACAACGUAUCGUUCCACUGCAACCCCGAGAUGGAAAAGCACCACUUCGGCAUGACGCAUCCCAUGAAGCCGUGGCGCCUGACGCUAUCCAAGUCCCUCAUCUACUCCUACGGCAUGUCCUUUGCCAUGGACAACUACAUCUCCCGUGCCGCCACAUACGAAGAGCUUGCCACCUUCCACUCCACCGACUACCUCGAUUUCCUCGGCACAGUCUUGCCUGAGCCGGUCCCGCGGGAUCUCGAGAACCAGAACCCAGAUCUCAAAUUUAACCUGGGCGGCUCCGACUGUCCGCUCUUUGACGGCCUCUACGACUAUUGCUCCAUGUCCGCUGGUGGCGCCCUCGACGCCGCGCGCAAACUUGUCUCACACCAGUCAGAUAUCGCCAUCGCCUGGGGCGGUGGUCUGCACCACGCGCACAAGGCUGAGGCCUCGGGAUUCUGUUACAUCAACGAUAUUGUCGUUGCGAUCCUCGAGCUACUUCGCUACCACCCGCGCGUCCUCUACAUCGACAUUGACGUCCACCACGGCGACGGCGUCGAAGAAGCCUUCUUCUCAACAGACCGUGUCAUGACAGUGUCCUUCCACAAGUACGAUCCCAAUAACUUCUUCCCCGGAACUGGUGCGCUCGACGACAACGGCCCCAAAUCGGAGCAGAACCCCGGCUCACACCACGCGCUUAAUGUACCACUUAACGACGGCAUCACCGAUGAGCAAUACGCCAUGCUCUUCGACACCAUCAUCGGCCAGAUUGUCGAAAAGUUCCGCCCAACCGCCAUUGCACUGCAAUGCGGCGCCGACUCUCUUGCUGGUGACCGCCUCGGCCGUUUCAACCUACAGGUCCAGGGCCAUGGUGCCUGUGUGGCGUUCUGUAAGCGCAUGAACCUGCCGCUUCUGCUCUUCGGCGGUGGUGGCUACACACCGCGCAAUGUUGCUCGCGCGUGGGCGUACGAGACUGCGCUAGCUGUUGGUGUUGACGACAAGAUCAACGACUACAUCCCGUCACACACACCGUGGAGAGAUCAGUUCCGCCAUGAUACGCUCUUUCCUACACUAGAGCAGAUUCUCGGUGAGCCCCGCGUCAACAGAAACACCCAGAAGCGCCUGCAGGAGAUGAUCCAGCAUGUCACAGAGCAACUACGGUUCGUUCAGGCUGCGCCUAGCGUCCAAAUGCGCGCCAUUCCCCCGGAUAUUGGUGCCGUGAGAGACGACGUUGAGCAAAGGUUAAAGGAAGAAAAUGAGGAACGCCACGACCAGAUCCGCAGAGCAAAGGAAGAAGCCGUUGGCACAGCUAUGGAGUACUAAAAAGACAAGGGGUCAUAUAGGUGUAUCACAUUAUUCACCGUUUUGCAUCUUCUUUAUCGCAGUUAGUUGUGUUUGGAGAUUCCGAGGUUCAAUAAUACCAGUCCAUUCUUAUAAACAUCAAACACGCCACUAUUGUGUUGGCAAUAGAGAGACCAGGCUAAAUAGCGUUCAAUGCUAUCAGACAUGAUGCUCUACAAACAGUCACCAUUGUUGUGUCAGACACGGCUUCACACACUUUGAAAAGAAACACACUGUAGUGCCGUACCAAACAAGUUUCAAAA